CAUCCCGCGCUCAAAAAACCGAUUGUGAAUCAAACAUUAACCAAAACAUUUCGCACAUUUUCUAGUUUGUUUCUAAAUUUUUAAAUUUGAUUUACAAAAAUACAAUUAAAUGAAAUGUACGAGCAAUUCAUCAUUCUGCCAAUCGACAUUUGUCGAAUAUGCUCCAAUUUGCAAUCCAAUUCAAAUAUACUGACAGAAACAUUGGGAGAUGAAAAUGUACUUUUACACGAGGCACUCGAGUUUGUUUCAUGCAUCAAGGUUGACUUUAAUGAUGGCAUGAGUCAAACAAUGUGCAGCACCUGCACCAGUAAACUAUCGGAUGCUUAUGAGUUCAAAAACCAAGUUCUUGAUUCCUACAGAACUUUUUACAAUCAAACUUCUGAUCUCAAUUUUAAAGAAGAAAAUGAUGAAAACGAUUCUGAAUUACUUGUUGAUGGUAAUAGUUCGAUAGAGUUGAAAAAGCAAUUAAAAAUAGCAACAAAUACAGAAAGCGUGAAUAAUCUGGGCAUUCCCCUGAGCAGUCACGCUGUAUCUUUUUUGCUUGAACAUAAUAAUUGUAAGACUCGUAAAGAAACUCCAGAACUCCCAAAAGAACAAAACCAAACGGCCUUAGAAAAAGAAGGGGUGAAAAACGAAGAAGAAGAAUACGAAGUAUAUAUUUUACCAGACACUCCCACCCAGUCUGAGGAAAACGAACAACCCUCGACAGAAAACAAAGAAGACGAACACUUCGAACUGUGUUCAAAAGAUAGUAAUCAACCCAAUCACAAAGAAUCUCCUUCAUCUGAAAAGGAGAACAAUAAUACCUCUCUAGCAAUAAAUGUAAAAACUAAUGACAGAAAGCGAACUUUAUCAGAUCGCGAGAAUGAGAAUUCCAUAAGUUUCGACGACAUGGAACCGCAAACUGAUGAAAACCCCAAACAUUCGUGCCAUAUCUGUUAUAAGACUCUAGCUAGGAAAUCAAGCCUAGACGUUCACCUGAGAAUUCAUGCCAACGAAAGGAAUUUUGUCUGUCCAUUUUGUCAAAAGGCAUUCGUACAGCUGGCAAACUAUCGAAUGCACUUGAGAGUGCACACUAAAGAAAAACCUUUCCCUUGUUACUAUUGUGGAAAAAGCUUUUCUCAAUCGAGUUCACUUAAAGUUCAUAUGCGUUCACAUACAAACGAAAAAAACUACCUUUGUCAAGUUUGUUGCAAAGGUUUUACAAAUUCUUCGGAUUUGGAAAAACACGAAAGAGUCCACGAUAUAAAUAGACAGUUUGAAUGUAAAAUUUGUGGAAACUUUUAUGCUCAAAAAGCGAAUCUAAGGGCUCAUGAAAAGAAAGUCCAUUAUUAGAGAAGCAAUAAAAAUAAAACUGAAUUUACAUUUUGAA